AAUAUCAUAACACAUACUUCAAUAGCUCAUAAUUUAAAAGUUUUUUUUUUUUAAAUGACAUAACCCUAAAGGAGGUAGAUCUAGAUUUUUUUCAAAUAUUUACAUUACUAACUACUACAGAAAAGAAAAUUCUUGAUUAUAUAUUUUGUUAAAUACCAUCUGUAGGCAUUCGACUGACUGGAAGCUGGCACCCACAUAUUCCCAGGCUUGAAAUAGCUAUUGAAUUGGUUUCUGGAGAUAGCCUGGCUACCAAGGUUAGAGUAUUUUUUAUACCAGCCAUACGAAUAUGUGGGUUCGCCGAUUGAGGACCUGAGAUUCUAGGACCCGUCAAAACUAAUACUUCAAGUUACAAAGCCAAUACGAUACAGGUGAAGGCCUUACCGCUGGAUUUCAUUUGAAGAGCCUAAUGUCUUUUAAACGAAACGGUUUAUACAAUAAAGACUUACUGAAGAAAAUUGAAAAAGCAAAGAAGCAACGUGAAGAGAAGGUAUUGGCCCAUGAGAAAGUUCGUUGGAUAAUAGCUCAACAAGUUCUUAGGAGGCUCACCUUCUUACCUCGAGUCACGGAGAGAGGACUAGAGAAAGAUGGCGUUGGUUUGGACGCCUAUUUAAUCACCAGAAAACUUGAAAGCUCAAGGAAUCUUAUAUGUGAUGAUUUCGAACAGUUAAGGAAGUUCAUCUCGACAGAAAGAACCAAAUAUUCCUUCAAACCAUGGCUAGCCUCCCAUGCUAGCGUGACCUCCAGCAAAUCCAUGGUCUCCUACAAAUCUUUCUCCAUACGUCGAAGCUGUCCUGGUGCUGAAACCUCCAGUGAUGGCCUGGAUCAAGUCGAGCAACCACCUACUGCAACCCAUGUUGUGAUAACCAGAGAAUGGAUACAAGAAAAUCGCAAACCAAUCAGAUUUCUUUUUGAUGGCUGUAUACCGGUAAUGGAGGAUGAAGCCAUUCUGCAACAAAGGGUGGCCGAAUGUUGUCAGACCUGCAAGUUCUUACUUCCGGUCGAUCUCAGGGAAUUUCAAAAACUGAACGUGCACCAGUACCUGCUGGGCUACUGUCGUGUGUCAGAUUCCAGAGAGAAAGUCUACAGGUCAGCUUUUAACAAAACUAAACAGAGAGGGAGCGAUGUGCUGCCUUUGUCUGCUUUUGAAACAGCUCUCUCUAUUGUUUUGGUCACACCAAUAAACAAAUCCGAUCUUGCCAAGUUCUGUCGAGCCCUGGACAUCAACGAGAGUACCAGGAUGGACCUGCCGCUCUUUCUCGUCAUUUGUGCCUUUGCUGAGCGCGUGUUUUACCUGAGCUUAAUACAAAGCUCGCAUGGAGUGUAUGAAACAAAAGGCCGACUAGAGCGCCUAGACUUCAGCAAUGUUGAAACAAAGCUACAGGACUUAACUAUGGAUAAAUCGUUAGUUAGACUUUUAAUAUCAGUAUAAAGUCAGACUUCAUUUUCUAGGGGGAUUUAAUUUUGUAUCAAUUUAUAAUAGAUUAUUUAAAAAACAUCAAAUUAUUGAAAUUUUCUAGAGGAAUUAAUUUUGUAUCAUUUUAUAAUAGAUUAUUUGAAAAACAUCAACUUAUUGCAAAUAUCUUGUCGAAUCUAGCCAGUGGUCUUCACUUAUUUUUCACACUCUUUCAUAUUGAAGAAAUAUCGUAACAAAUAGAAUAAACAAAAUA